ACAGAGCAAGACUCCGUCUAAAGAAAAAAAAAAAAAGAAACCUGGGUUCCAGUCCUGGCUCCUAACUCUCAACAGGACCUGAGCAAGCCCCCCUCCUCUCCAAGCCAGUUUCCUCUUCAUGAAAUGGAAAUGCAAAGGUUAAACAAGGUCUGUGAGAGCCCAAGCCAAUUGCUCUUGGCCCCGUGGCUGGCUACUUAUGGGGCACUGUCCUGACCAGCUCUGCUAAGAUGCUCCUGGCCCCUCCCUCCACCCCGUCCAGAGGACGGACCCCCAGCGCCGUGGAGAGGCUGGAAGCCGACAAAGCCAAGUAUGUCAAGACGCACCAGGUGAUAGCUAGGCGACAGGAGCCAGCCCUGCGUGGGAGUCCUGGGCCGCUCACGCCGCACCCCUGCAACGAGCUGGGGCCCCCUGCAUCGCCCAGGACGCCCAGGCCGGCCCGCCGGGGAAGCGGCAGGCGGCUGCCGAGGCCUGAUUCCCUCAUCUUCUACCGCCAGAAGCGGGACUGCAAGGCUUCGGUGAACAAAGAGAACGCCAAGGGCCAGGGGCUGGUGCGGCGCCUCUUUCUGGGUGCCCCGCGGGACGCUGCCCCGAGCAGCCCGGCCUCCACAGAGCGACCUGCAGCUUCAGGGGGUUGGGCCGCGCCCCAGGAUGCCCCGGAAGCGGCGGGAAAGCUGGCGCUGUGUCCCACGUGCUCGCUGCCCCUGUCGGAGAAGGAGCGCUUCUUCAACUACUGCGGCCUGGAGCGCGCGCUGGUGGAGGUGCUGGGCGCAGAGCGCUUCUCCCCGCAGAGCUGGGGGGCCGACGCCAGCCCGCAGGCAGGAACUUCGCCGCCGCCCGGCUCCGGUGACGCCAGCGACUGGACAUCGAGCGACAGGGGCGUGGACAGCCCGGACGGCGCGGGCGGCGGCGGCGGCUCGGAGGCAGCGGGCUCGGCGCGGGACGGGCGCCCCCCUGUGUCGGUGGUGGAGCGCAACGCGCGCGUCAUCCAGUGGCUGUACGGCUGCCAGCGCGCCCGCGGACCGCCGCGCGAGUCCGAGGUGUGACCGCCGCGGCUCCGAGGCCGGCUUCCCUGGGAGUGCCAAGCGCGGGGCUGGCCCCGGGCACGGACAGGGACACCCCUCUUCCGCCGCGCUGGGUGCCUUUGCGUAAGCCCUUCCUUCUGGAAAUCAGUUUCGCGUCUGAACCUUGGGGAGGUGGGACAAGUUGCUGCCGAAGGCCCUUCCCUGCGCCCGUGGCGAAGGAGGAGGGAGAGGCCUCUUGGUCCCUGUGGAGACGCCGUCUGGGGAGUCACGAUUGGGGAGGGAGAUGAGCAAACCUGCUGAAUAAAGUUAAAACGUUAUUUAAAUGGGGAGCUGAGGAAGGAGCAAACGGGUUUUCGCGGUUAAACCCGUGGGUUUUGGAAUGUGUGUUCCCGGCUGUGUGAUCCUGGGCAAGCACUUGACCUCCCUGGACGCAGCGGCACCCCUCGGUUAUUAAGGAGGGACGGGUAGGGGAUAGAAGUAUUUCAAAAUAGUUGUAAUGCGCAUGGCAAAGUGCCCAGCAUAUAGAAAGUGCUCAAUAAACGAUAACUGCUGUGACUUCUACCGAAUCAGUACUAACACUGUUGUGAUCUCCACUGGCCUCCAGGUCGAUCCAAACUAGAGCUGGGAGUUGGGAAUAAAGCGCUUUGGGAGCCCGAGGGGGCGUCUGCUCCAGAAAUCUGGGCUCCACCAGAUCCUAAAAGGCCCCAUUCCCGGAGUUUUGCUGCCCCGGUUGUGGUCACUGGGUAUGAAGGGCUGAGAUCCCAUCUUUCGGACACAAAAAGAAGGGAACCGGGCCGGGCGCGGUGGCUCAGGCCUGUAAUCCCAGCACUUUGGGAGGCUGAGGAGGGUGGAUCACGAGAUCAGGAGUUCGAGACCAGCCUGGCCAACAUGGUCUCUACUAAAAAUACAAAAAUUAGCUGAGCUUGGAGGCGCGCACCUGUAAUCCCAGCUACUCUGGAGGCUGAGGCAGGACAAUCGCUUGAACCCCAGAGGCGGAGGUUGCAGUGAGCCGAGAUCGAGCCAUUGCACUUCAGCCUGGGCGACAGGGCCAGACUCCGUCUCAAAAAGUAAAAAAAGAAAAGAAGGGAACCUUUCCUGCCAGCCGGCAGGCUCCUGCCACUACCUCCCUUUCCUGCAAGGACACACAAGGUCGCCUAUUUUCAUCACAGUUUCGCACCUCCAAGCCUUCUUCCUUCAUGCGCCUUCUUCCUUUGCCUGGGUUGCCGUUCCUUUUCUCUCUGCUCUUCCUUCUCGGAGAUAACGUAUAUUCUCCUCCAGGAAGCCUUCCUGAAUGCCCCAGUCAGCCUCACCUGCUCUGAGCUCCCAAGUACAGUCCUAUUUUUGGGCCUCAAUUUGUCACCUUUUGUGGGACCCGCUGGUAGUCUGGGUUCUCUAGUUAAUCUUCGACCUUUUUCCUAGUACAGGGACGGCGCACAUAGUAGGGCCACAGGCACAGUUUGUUGAAUUAAAUGAGGCUGGAGAGGGCGAUGGACGCAGUCCUCU